GCACUGGUGUGCGCUUCUGCCGGCGGAAUAGGAAGAAGUCAUCGCCGGCAUGGGCCGCAAGAAGAAGGAGCGGCGCGGUGGGACUGCGGUGCUCCGGAGAGUUGUGUCUUUCGAUGAGAAGAGUCGGCGGGAGUUCUUGACAGGGUUUCACAAACGCAAGGUUGAGAGGAGAAAAGCAGCUUUGGAGGAAAUAAAGCGCAAACUGAAAGAGGAAGAAAAGAAGAUGAAAGAAGAGAGACAUAAAGAAUACAUGAAGAUGCUGAAGGAGAGAGAAGAAGCCUUAGAGGAAGCUGAUGAGUUGGAACAUCUAGUGACAUCUCAAACAGAAUCGGUGAGCUAUGAUCACCCAAACCAUACGGUUACCGUUACUACCAUCAGUGAUCUGGAUCUUUCUGGUGCUCGUGUGCUAGGGCUAACUGAGAAAGAAAAUACUGACCUGGAAGGAGAAGACGCCUUGAAUACAUGUACAUUGCCUAAGAAAGCUAGAGAUCCUCUUCUGUCUGAGAGAAUUUCUUCCCUCACUGCUUCUCUGCAUUCCCGUACUCAGAAAAAGAAGAAAAGAAAACAUAUCAACCACAAACAAGUGAUAAAGAACAGAGGCCAAAACACAAGAACAGGACGAACGAGCAAGUCUCAGCGCCGGAAAAUGACAGGCAGGAAGAGGCAUGUCCAAGACUGAAUGGCUGACACAUGGACUAUUAAACUCUACUAAUUUGCUUGGAGGAAGAUCAGUGUUACGUGAACACAGUCUUCUACUCAGGAUCUCUCAUUCAACUUCCCCUUAUUUGGGUGGACAAAGGCCUUUUUUUCCAGAGAGAGAUUGGAUCCCUGAUUAAUAUCAUGUUUUCCAAGACUGAGGAAGGCCACAUUUGUAAUUGCAUUUUAAUUUUUAUCCCUAUGCAAUAUCAUUUUAUGUAUUGGAUUCAGAUAAAGAAAUAAGUAUAAAAGAGUAGCCAUGGACAACCAGGUGUUCUCCACUUGUUGGGACAAACACCCAAAUAUUGUGCAACACAUCUGUCAAGUUUGAAGUUGGGUAAGACUGGCACAGAUAAUAGCAAUAUUUUCUUCUUGCACAUUAUUUUACCAUUAUUCAUAUUAAUUUUCAUCUCUUGAGGAAGAAACGGGUUUCUCAUAAAUCCUGGUGACACAUGCCAACAUUUACACCACUACUCAUAAACAAGCAUUGAGGAUAAAAGUAGUUGUUAACUUUUUGAAUUGUUUUUGCUCUCGCGGCAAAACAUAGAACCUGCCCCCAUUCCCAGUAGGUCCAAGGAGUAACUUACCAACACUAGCAAGAAAUGAAUCUAUGGAAGCAGUGACAAUGAAUCCAUAUCUAUACUUAAAACCCCAUACUUGAUCUAUUAGCUGUCAGGGACUUUUUUAAAAUGACCAGGAUCCAAAUAUUUCUUUAGGUAGAUCCAUAACUCUGCUUUUUUUUUUUCUGAAGAAGUCCUCUCUCAAAGUGUUGGCUCUGUGUCUGAGCAUCAUUUAAUUACAGUACAUUUAAAUGUCAGGCAUCUGCCAUUUAAAAUUCCUGAAUUAGAUCUCCAGAUCAAAAAGAAUUAUUGGAUGUGCUGUUUUGCC